AGGGGAGGGAGUGUGUGUGUGUAUCGCAGCCGCUUGGAUCCUAAAAAUAUAGAUCCUUGCAAUCCCAGGAGCGAUCAGCUGAAGUCCUGCUGAGCGUCUGGUUUAUUUACUGCAUCCCGAAGCUCGCAAAUGGUUAACUACGUGCAGAAAGUCAGCCUAGCUGGGAAGUCUGCUGUGAAUUUUAAUUGAGGAAAAGGGACAACUGUUUACAGGAUGGUGUAGUGCGCUCUUUUUCGCCCUGGCGUCGUCUUCCCGCCUCUCUCAAGAUCUCUCUCUCUCUCUCAGUCAAAUGAUCUGUCCUGCUUUGGAUCCAGGAUUUUAACUUCAAGGAACUGCAGCUACACUUGAGAUUCCUGCACAGAGAAACCUUAACCCAGAAGACAGGGAAGCGGAAAGUGCUCGUUUUGGGGAUAGCAAGGAAAAGGAUUAUAUUUGAACAGCGCCUCUGUGCAUUCCCGGCUGUGUCAGUGGGUGUAGCUGCUGCACAGCAAAUUGGAUGUCAUCAGUCAAAGCUGCAACCCUUUAGCCUCAUAGAAUGGACUAGCUUCAUUGACAUUGAUAGCACCACUUCAGAGAAGCUGAAGCUGCAAUUCCAUGUGCACUUGCUUGGAGAAGCUGUUGGAUGACCAUGAAGCUCUGGAUACUUACACUAAGUCUGAUGGGAGUUGCUUGCGAUGUACUUCAGUCCAAACUAGCUUUACCUUCAACCACUGGUUCUUGUGACAUGUUAUGUUCUUGCGAUGAAAAGGAUGGCAUCUUCAUUAUAAACUGUGAAGAAAGAGGCAUCAAGGAGUUAUCUCAAGUACAUGUUCCACCAUCCCGGCCUUUCCACCUUAGUCUUCUCAACAACAGUUUGACCAUGUUGCAUGUGAAUGAUUUCUCCAGCUUUAUCAACGCUCUCUCACUCCAUCUUGGAUUUAACUAUAUUCUCGACAUUGAACCAGGAGCAUUUAAUGGGCUGAGUCUCCUUAAGCAACUUCAUAUCAAUCACAAUUCUUUAGAAGUACUUAAAGAGGACACAUUCCAUGGGCUGGAAAACCUGGAAUUCCUUCAAGCAGACAACAACUUCAUCACAAUAAUUGAACCAAGUGCCUUCAGCAAGCUCAACAGGCUAAAGGUGCUCAUUUUAAAUGACAAUGCCAUUGAGUUUCUCCCUUCCAAUGUAUUUCGCUUUGUGCCAUUAACUCACUUGGAUCUGCGUGGGAACCAGCUUCAGACUCUUCCUUACGUUGGUUUUUUAGAACAUAUUGGUAGAAUUCUAGACCUUCAGUUGGAAGAUAACAAGUGGAUCUGUAAUUGCGACCUAGUGGAGCUGAAGGCUUGGUUAGAAAACAUGCCUCCUCAGUCCAUAAUAGGUGAUGUUGUAUGUCACAGCCCUCCCAUUUUGAAAGGAAGCAUUUUAAGUAGAUUAAAAAAAGAAUCGCUCUGUCCCACUCACCCUACAAAUGAUCUUGAUGCCCCAUCAGGUUCAUUGCCAUUGGUAGUUACCACAUCAAUAAGUGAGAGUCACUACUCAACCAAGGUAAUCCCUAUUUUUAAAGCUCCUACCAAGGAAUCUGGUUUGUUACUUCAUGUAACAAAGCCAGCUACUCUGCUUCCUGGAAUAUAUUGUCCUGUCCCUUGUCAGUGCACCAGCAAUAUUCUUUCAGGGAUUUUGAUGCAAUGCCAGGAACAAAACAUUGAAAGCUUGUCAGAUUUAGGGCCUCCUCCUCCAAAUCCUAAAAAGCUUAUUCUAGCUGGAAAUAUAAUCCAGACAUUACUGAAAUCAGACCUCGUUGACUAUGGCAGUCUAGACUUGCUUCACUUAGGAAACAAUCGUAUCGAAAUCUUAGAAGAAGGAUCUUUUAUCAAUCUCACCAGAUUGCAGAAAUUAUAUCUCAAUGGCAAUCAUCUCACCAAGCUAAAUCGUAAUUUAUUUUUAGGCCUGCAGCGCCUUGAGUAUUUGUAUCUUGAAUAUAAUGCCAUCAAGGAGGUUUUACCAGGGACAUUUCAUCCCAUGCCCAAACUUAAAGUUCUCUAUUUAAAUAAUAACCAUCUACAGACUUUGCCACCCCAUAUUUUUUCUGGAGUUCCUCUAGCUAGGCUAAAUCUGAAAACCAACCAGUUUGCACAUUUGCCUGUAGGGAAUAUCUUAGAUGAUCUGGAUCUACUAGUACAACUUGAGCUGGAAGACAACCCUUGGGACUGUACUUGUGACUCAGUUGGGCUGCAGCAAUGGAUACAAAAACUGAAUAGAAAUACAAUGACUGGUGACAUUUUCUGUACAUCUCCAAGGCAUUUAGCUAAAAAGAAACUAAAGUCUCUGAAUACUGACAUGUUAUGUCCUGGCUUAACAAACAGCCCAGUUGCCCCAACUCAUGCUAGCUUCAUAAUCAUCACCACGUCACCAACCACCACCAAUACACCAGACACUAUUCUGCGAUCACUUACCGAUGCCAUCCCUCUUUCUGUUUUAAUCCUGGGGCUUUUGAUUGUCUUUAUAACUAUCAUUUUUUGUGCAGCUGGUAUCAUCGUCCUUGUUCUACAUCGACGGAGAAGGUAUAAAAAGAAACAGGCAGAUGAACAGAUGCGAGACAAUAGCCCAGUACAGCUUCAAUACAGUAUGUAUGGUCACAAAACAACACACCACACAACUGAGCACCCAGCCACAACCUUGUACGAACAGCGUAUGAUCAGCCCCAUGGUUCAAGUUUAUCGAAGCCCAUCUUUCAGCCCCAAAUUUGCAGACCAUCAACGGGAGAUGAAUGACAAGGAUGUGAAUGAUUCCAAACAUCUCCACAGAGGCCUCUUAGAGAGAGAGCACUCCUCUCCUUUGACUGGGUCAAAUGUCAAAUAUAAAGCUAAGGACCAAUCAGCUGAGUUCCUGCCCUUCCAGGAUGCCAGCUCUUUGUACAGGAACAUUCUUGAGAAAGAAAGAGAACUUCAACAACUAGGGAUAACUGAGUAUCUACGGAAAAACAUUGCCCAGCUACACCCUGAUAUGGAAGUACACUAUCCAGGAGCUCAUGAAGAGCUAAAGCUGAUGGAGACACUCAUGUACUCCAGGCCAAGAAAAGUUUUACUAGAACAGACUAAAAAUGAAUACUUUGAGCUGAAGGCCAACCUCCACGCUGAACCCGAUUACCUGGAGGUCUUGGAACAGCAAACAUAAAAAAGACCCUUUUGAGGGACUAAAUCAAAAACUCGUAUCUAUCUUAACUCAGAACUUGUAAAUAAAAGUGCCUUAUAAUAAUGUGUCAUCAAUCAGAACUUUAAGCACAGCAGUAAUCCGAGCGAUAAGAAACUCAGGGAUAACUGUGUGAAGCCAUGGGAAACUUUGCAGGCUCUAUGUCUCAUCCCCACAUUAAAUGUGAACUUUGAGUGACUGGAUUCUGGGAGGAAAUUCAAUUGCCAUAUUCCUCUAGACCUGCCUGGCCAUCCCUCAUUCUUUCGCUUAAGUAAAGAAAAAAAAGCUUGAAGCAUUUGUUACUUCAAUUUCAUUCUUUUCUCUGGAUCUACACCAUAUUUUCGUUAAAAAAGCACCUGUAUACCUAGUUCCAAGAUGCUAGUGUAUAUUGGUUAGGGAUUAGUCCACAUGUAUGAACAUUGUCCACAAAUUGCACAUGACAUUGCCACAUAAUGAACAUAAGAGAAAUUAUAUGAUCUUUUUUUAAAAAAGAUAUUCAAUUGUACACACUCCAGGUCUGCCAGUAUUUAAAUACCUUUUAUUUGGAAUAUUAUUUAUCAGAAAACCUGUUAGAAUAUGAGGAUGGAAGGGGAAAGCUAUAUACAUGCUUUAUCCAGGAAUUUUAAAAGACAUAAACAAAGCCUUUUUGCUACUUUCCCUGGCAGGCAACUUUAAUCACUUUUUGGACAAUCUUCAGUAUAAUGCUGCUAUAGAUUCCUGUGCCCCAUUGGUUUGACACUUAUAUCUGGGGAAAUUUGGAAAGCUACUGAGAAUUUAUUGUAAAUAUAUAAGUAAAUCAAUGAGCUAUUUUUUAUGAUUAUUAUUUAAUGAUUGGCUCCUGUUAUUAUUGUAUUUCAGAGGGAAAAAAUCAAUUCACUGUGGUCAGUUAAAUGUCACAUGCAAAUAAGAACACACAUAAGCAAUGAAAACUUAUUUGUGUGUCUGUGUAAAUACUUCACAUUUGCCACCGUUAUGUAGCAAAAGAGCAUUUCUCAGGCUAAGUAAUAGGUCUGGUUUGAAAGUGACAUCAGGCAUGGGGUUUUUUAAAAGAAAAUCUACAUGUGUGAGGUUUGCAGCUAGUAUCUUGAUUUAAAUUGAAUCACUGGAAUCUAUACAUAUAACAUUAGCACACCAAGAUCCAGGAUCCUGGGUAUGUGCCGAUGUAAUGUGCUAAUGCUGCACACAUAGUUGCUAGUGACUAAGUUUAAAUAUGAUGCUAUUUUUUAAAAAAUAUCUAACAUCCCAUUUAAA